UUUAAGGUUAUACAACAACUCUGUGUUCGGCGCUCAUGCUUUACCUAAACGUUGGAAUGAAUUUAAGUAUAUUGUAGAACUGACACAAAAAUCACAGCCCACUUUUGGAAAUGAGCAGCUUGACACAUACUUUCCUGCUGCUGAGGCAGCGACUGGUGGUGCCGGCCCUAAUGUUGCAGCCUCAGUCCCGCAACUACGCUGCAAAGCCCGCGGCUCCAGCCGCCACCAAGAAGAAGAAGCUGGGAAAGCUAGGACCUAUUAUGGAGAAAAAGAUCAUACCAGUUGAAACGGAUGCUAACAAACUAGUGAGCUAUGUGUGUGGCAGCAACUAUUUCAAAACCGGCGAAGACGUCAAGCUGAAGCCAGACGCCGAGUACCCCGAUUGGCUUUGGACGCUGAAUACGGAACGUAUUGUGCCGCUGGAUGAAUUGGACCCAGACACCAAGCAGUACUGGCGACGGUUGCGCAAGAUGGCGUUGCGACGAAACAAUCAGCUCUCCAAGCUGAAAAAAUUCUGAGUGGGCGGCUGCUCAGGCAUAUUAAUAGCUUUAAGUGAUUCCGUUAUGGUUAUGCCAACAUUGGUGUCUCAAAUGAAGAUAAUGAUGAAAGUGGAAUAGCCAAUAAAUGACUCUGUCUUUGAAACAAGGCCGUUUCAGGGCUUGCGUGAACUUA